AUGGCGGACGGAAUUGACAGACGCGCCGAGGAGCGCAUGGAGUUCAAUACCUCCAAGGAGGUGACGGUCGCGCCCACCUUCGAGGACAUGCACUUGAAGGAAAGUCUGCUUCGUGGAAUUUACGCCUAUGGAUAUGAGUCUCCUUCAGCUGUCCAGUCCCGCGCGAUUGUUCAAAUCUGCAAAGGUCGCGACACUAUCGCCCAGGCGCAGUCCGGUACUGGUAAAACCGCCACUUUCGCGAUCAGUACAUUGCAGGUUAUUGAUACUGUUGUACGAGAGACUCAAGCUCUCGUCCUAUCGCCGACCCGCGAACUCGCAACCCAGAUUCAGUCCGUCGUUAUGGCCCUCGGCGAUUACAUGAACGUUCAAUGCCACGCCUGUAUUGGAGGAACCAACGUCGGCGAAGAUAUCCGCAAACUCGACUACGGCCAGCACGUCGUCUCAGGAACUCCCGGUCGUGUCGCUGAUAUGAUCCGUCGCCGCAACUUGCGCACACGUCACAUCAAGAUGCUUGUUCUCGAUGAGGCUGAUGAACUCCUUAACCGCGGUUUCCGUGAGCAGAUCUACGAUGUCUAUCGAUACCUGCCCCCCGCGACGCAGGUCGUCGUGGUCUCCGCCACCCUUCCCUACGAUGUUCUCGACAUGACUACAAAGUUUAUGACCGACCCCGUCCGUGUCCUGGUCAAGCGUGACGAGUUGACACUCGAGGGUAUUAAGCAGUACUUCAUUGCCGUUGAGAAGGAGGAAUGGAAGUUCGACACACUUUGCGAUCUCUACGACACCUUGACUAUCACCCAAGCCGUUAUCUUCUGCAACACCCGCCGAAAGGUCGACUGGCUCGCCGAUAAGAUGCGCGAGGCCAACUUCACUGUUUCUAGCAUGCACGGCGAGAUGCCUCAGAAGGAGCGCGAUAGUAUUAUGCAGGAUUUCCGUCAGGGUAACUCCCGUGUCUUGAUUUCUACCGAUGUCUGGGCCCGUGGUAUCGAUGUUCAGCAAGUCUCCCUCGUCAUCAACUACGAUUUGCCGACCAACCGUGAGAACUACAUUCACCGCAUUGGUCGUUCGGGACGUUUCGGCCGCAAGGGUGUGGCCAUCAACUUCGUCACCAGCGACGAUGUCCGCAUCCUUCGUGACAUUGAAUUGUACUACUCGACACAAAUUGACGAGAUGCCUAUGAACGUUGCCGAUUUGCUUUCAUAA